AUGAACGCUUCGGUGAACGAAACCGAAUGGGAGCCGAGCGCCGAGUUGGCCACCACUCUCAUCCAGACGCUGGGCGCGCUCGUCGGCGUCUUCCUCUCGCUCCUCACCAUCGUGGGCAACGUCCUCGUGAUGAUCGCCUUCAAGACGGACAAAACGCUGCAAACCAUCUCCAACUACUUCCUGCUGUCGCUCGCGCUCGCCGACUUCCUCAUCGGCUGCAUCUCCAUGCCGUUGUCCCUGGUCUACAUUCUGGCCAAUUACUGGCCGUUCAGCGCGCUCCUCUGCGACGCGUGGCUCGCCAUCGAUUAUCUCAAUUCCAACGCUUCCGUUCUCAACCUUCUGCUCAUCUCUUUCGACCGCUUCUUCUCCGUCACGCGCCCAUUGACUUAUAGAGCGCGCCGCACCACCAGACGCGCGUGCGCCAUGAUCGCGGGCGCGUGGCUCGUCAGCGCCCUGUUGUGGCCGCCCUGGAUCUUCGCGUGGCCCGCGAUCGAGGGACGAAGAACAGUUCCCGCUGACCAGUGCUACAUCCCGUUCCUCGAGUCCAACAUCUGGGUCACGAUCUCCACCGCUUUGAUCGCCUUCUGGCUGCCCGUCACGCUCAUGUGCGUUCUCUACUGGCGGAUCUGGCGCGAGACGGAGCGUCGCUACAAGGACUUGACGGCGCUCGUGCUCGUCUCCCAUUCGCUGUCGUCGUCGCGCAACUCCUCCCAAGGUCACGCCGCGGCCUCAGUCAGCUGUUGGCAGAAGUGCUGCGCGGGGAAGACGGCGGCGUCCCAGACGUCCAUCGCGAUGUCGGGCGAGACGCCGCCCACCAGCGACUCCAUCUACACCAUCGUCAUUCACCUGGAGUGCGCCAACAAUGAGCACGCGGCCACCGUCACCAUGCUCAACACCUGCGACGCG